AUGUCGAAAUAUCUUCUCAAAGGAGGCACUGUCGUAACGUUUGUCCAGGGCGAGAGCAAGCCUCGCGUCUACAAGGCGGAUGUGCUCGUCGAGGGCAACAGCAUCACCCGUAUUGAAGAAAACAUCACGCCCCAGUCAGGCGUCGAAGUCUUCGACUGCGAGAACAAGUGGGUCACACCUGGAUUUGUGGACACUCACAGGCACUUGUACAUGACCGUUUCGCGGGGUAGUCACGCCGAGUACGCACCCCCAUCUCCACAUGUGCCGACGGUCCAGGGGUCGCUCACACCCGAGGAGAUCGGCAUCGGCACGCUCGCCGGCUGCCUCGACGCGCUCCACAACGGCGUCACGACCAUCCUCGACCACUUCAACACCGCGCACACGCCCGCACACGCCGAGGCGUCCCUCCGCGCCGUGCGCGAGUCCGGCGCCCGCGUCAUCUGGGCGCCCGCGCGCCAGAGCCCCGCGACGCAGAUUACCCCGAGCCUCGACUUCGCGAACGAGGUGGAGACGGAUGCGUGGCAGCGCGCGAAGGUGCGUGAGUGGGGCGUGGACGGGGGCAAGCUGCGCCCUGACGGGCGAGUCACGCUCGGACUCGCGUACGACGUCUCCUGGCGUGGCCCGAUUGAGGUGCACAAGGAGUGGCUCGCGCAUGCGCGCGCGAGCUCGGUCACACUCAUCACUGCGCACGUAAUCGGGGCCUCGACGGUCACCGCGUGGCGGGAUGGCGGCAUGCUCGGCCCCGACGUGCUGUUCUCGCACUGCAACGGCCUCGGGAACCACACCGAGCUCAACGACGAGGCCUGGAAGGCGCUGAAGGAGAGCGGCACUGCCGUUGGGGCGACCCCAGUGGGCGAGAUCGGGAUGUCGUGCGGCAACCAUGUUGCGUUCGACGCCGUCGAGCAGGGUGUGAAAGCUGGGCUGGGAGCGGACAGCAUAUCUGCCAACAGCGGCGAUAUGUUCGGCCCCAUGCGCUUCGCUCUGCAGUGGAGCCGCGGGCGCGAGCACGAGCACGCCCGCCAGCACAAGCUCACGACACCGCUGCACCUCAAACAUAUGACCGCAGACGUGUUCCGCCUCGCGACGCUGGGAGGUGCCGAGGCGCUCAACCUUGCGCAUCUCGUGGGCAGCGUCGAGGUCGGGAAGCGCGCCGACCUGCUUGUUCUCGACGCAGACUCGGUCAACUUGGGAGGCGCUGGCGACCCCAUCGCUGCCAUUGUCAUGCACGCGUCAGGCGAGGACAUCAAGACGGUGUUCGUCGACGGCGAGGUCGUGAAGAGAGACGGGCGACUGGUGCGGGACUGGAAGCCUGUCGUCCGUGAGCUGAAGGAGCGGGCGCAGGAUAUCAGGACGCGGUGGCCGGAGCAGAAGCUGGAGGAGAUCUGGAAGACGUGGUACCAUACGAACGGGCCGCCCGCGAUUUGA